AUGAUUACUAAAGAUUCAUCUUCAGUUACUUCAGACUUGAUUUACUAUGAAGAGGAUUUCUCCAUAACUAGCAUUGAAUCUAUAACUUUCCCAGAACAGGUAGUUAAAGAAUUGAUUUCAGUUAUCUCUAGUAACAAAUCAUCUGCUAAGAUAUCACCAAUAAAAUCAUCUAUGGUGGAGACUUCCGAGAACAUAGAUACAGAGUGUCAAAAAAUUUCUUAUAAUCAAAAAGUGGAGCAAGAUUUGAGAUGGGAACUAUCCUUCACUGAAGUUAGUAAUAGUAAGAUUAAUAAGAUGUUUGAUAUUCAGAUUUCUAAAUUCUCUUUAAAAGCAAUUCUGAUGGGAUCUAGUGAAAUUACAGCACAGAAUAUAGUUGAACUAUUUAAAGUAGCAAUGAAGCUUAAAU